AAUCCGACGUCACCUACUCUGAAAGCCCGUGUGUUUUGUGUUUCUUUGGGGCCACAAUGAUUAUCGCUAAUUUAACGUUGAAAUUAUUGAAAUUGAAACUAGAUUUCUUCAUGUCGUAAAAAAAAUAUCUAAAGCAAAACACUAAGUAAACAUUCUCACCUACAACUUAUAAACAAACAAGAAAAGCGUGACAUUAUACAAAAACAUAAAAAAAAAAAAAAAAGCAAACAAGUUUAACUCGUAACUGUAUAACGCAAACGGAAUCUUGGGCAAAAUGGGCAUUCAAGAUUUACAAAUCUUUCUGGAUAACAACUACAUACAAGGAGGAUCUGUACCCGUGGAUCUGUUGAAAAUAGCUCGUUCGAUUACACAGAGACAACAUAAUCGUGUUGGUAAAGCACAAUUGUAUUCUGGAAAGUUAAGACUAGUCCUUGAUGGAGAGUGCUGUUUAGAUAGAUUAUACGGAGGUUACUUCUCAGACUGGGCUUGUGGAGGACAAUGGAAUCGAAUGUUACAAUUCUUAGCAGUCCUCAUACAAGCGACAGAAAUGUCAGGCUUGGAACUGGCCGUAUUCUUCAAUGGAUGUUUUGAAUCUCCUAGACGCGCAGAUUGGAUUCAAAAUCAGCUACAAGUGCGAAUUAAAGUGAACAAUGUAUUAAAACAUAUUUCAACAAAAGGUACCCCACCGCCAAAAAUAUGGUGGACUCCGCCGGUAUGUCUGAGAACCAGUUUACGUAUGGCUCUGCGACAUUUGAAUGUUACAGUUUUAUGUAGCAUGGACGAUCAUCAUCAAGAAGUAAUUGCUUAUUGUCGAGAGAAUAACUUCAAUGGUUUGAUUGCUGACGAUGCAGAGUAUGCUGCAUUCGAUCCUCCGCGAUAUUUCUCGUCCGAACAAUUAAAGCUUACAUACAAGGGUUCUCUUGAUACAAAGGAAUAUGUUCUCCCAGAACUUUUAAAAGCGUUAAACAUCCCAUCGGAUAGGCUAUGCUUGCUAGCUGCGUUACUUGGAAAUUAUAUCUUAACCGAACAGGAUCUGGCUGAUUUUUAUAAGAAGCUGAACGUUAACACUAUUUUAAAUAAGAUUAACGUGGAGAACACGAUAAAAACGAUCGCCAGUUUCGUUAAAGACCUCCCAUCCGUCGAAUUAGAUGUAGCGUCGCAAAAGGUUUUUGGAUCUUUGUCGGAUCCGAGGUGUUCGAAACUGAGGCAAUCGGUUCAGUACUACAUAAACGGAACUAAAGAAGGAUUCUUGCAUUACAAACCGGUGAAACCAACCAGAGUACACAAAUUGGACUCGAAACAAAACUCAGUACAACCACAGUCAAAUCUAUCCGAAACGCCUUCAACGUCGGAAGGUGAUUCGAACUUAGAGACAUCUAGAUUCGCGUCCGAAACGGUAGAGAGUGAACACGAGAGCUUGAACGCUUAUAAGCAAGCAACUGCAAACGCAACGUCUGCGCCUCAAAUUGUGAUAGAUCCACCGGGUAUUCAGGGUCACGGAGACGCCGAUAACGUUAGGACGGAAGAAGAACAAAGUAAUGGACACGCUGUCAACGGUACACACAAUCUUUUAAUUAGUUCGUCGAGUUCGAGCAGCAGUUCUUCCGCUACAUCACCGUCUCAUGCGACGGCCGAUUCUGCUAGACAAGCAGAGAAGACUACUAAUAUUCCUACCACUGUACCGGAAGUGAUGCGUACCGCGUCUGAGAGACAUCAGAAAGGAUUGAUGUCGCCUCACAUUUAUCAGAUUCUCAUCGCCGGCGAGAUUAAGUUACCGGUCCUCUUGGAAGACGAAAAUCACCGCGAAUUUCCAUCCAUUCAUCUCAUUUACAGACCCAUUAGACAGAUGGUGUACGCGAUAUUAUUCAAUCUACAUCACCGAAUGUAUUUAGCUGCUAAGAGUAAAGAAAAAGGUGAUAGCGAAAAAAUCGAAGUCCCAGAUGUUGUGAUAAAGGAGUGGGUAUGGUCCAAAUCGAAUCCAUAUCAAACUCCGGAAUUGGUGAAGGCAGAACAAAUCGGUUGGGGCGUUCCUACGAUUCAACGUUUAUGGUUUGGCACAGGCAUAGACGACAAACGUCGUCGAUUGCGAGGAUUCUUGACCUGUAUGAGGUCAGACACGCCUCUCAUGUUGAAUACCUCCUACGUACCACAACACCUCUUAGUCAUGGCUUGCGUUUUAAGAUACAUCAUGUCGUUUUCGAACAAAAUAAAGAUUCUCCGCCGUCAGGAACUAGAUGCUUUUAUUGCACAAGCAUUUUCGCCCGAACUUAUGAAUGCUCAGUAUUUGCAAGAUCUUCAGCUUCCCUUAGUGACAUCUCGUGGAGUACAAUUAGCUACAUUAUUUAUGGCUGGUGUUGAGACUGCUCUCUUGGCAAACGAUGCAUGCGGUGCACCGAUUCCGUGGUUAAUGUGCUGCCCGUGGUUAUAUUUUGAUGGGAAAUUAUUCCACCACAAAUUAGCCCGUACCACGAUCGCGAAAAACUUACUGGAACUCUGCAGCGGCCCCAUAGAUCGUGUUGUGAAAGCUGAACGAAUGAGAAAAGCCAUAUUGGAGGGUAUCAACGUUGUCUUUGCGCGUCCACCGAUGCCUGUUGCACCAAGUAUCCGUGUAUCGGUGCCACAAAACAUUUUGGCUGCCGGAUGCGCGAUAAACGACGGUUUAAUACGCAGCCGUGGCAAUGGAACGAUACCACAGCGUGGAUUGAUGCGUCGCCCAAUACCAUCACGUGGUGGCCAACUCGAAAUAGCUGGAGUCGUCGUAGGUCAGUGGGGUCCCAAUUACGGGCAACCUGGUCGUUUGCCUCAGCCCCUUCAAGGACAUCUCCGCGGACGACUUCCUCCACAAGUGACGUCGAUAGGCGGUCUCAAGUAUGGUCUUCCACGUGGCUUCACCCCCAUGGGUCGGCCUACAUUUCAAACGCGAGGAAACAAUCGUACGCAAUUAGCAGGUCGUGGAAAGAAAAUGCAAAUGAAGGUAACUGGCAAAAAGAAAACUACCGUUAAGAAGAGCAAGGAGUGCGAGAAGAAGGACAGCAGAGGACGAGGUAACGGUGUCGAUGGAAUACCGGAUUACAACAGUGAAUCGAUUCCAAACAUGAACGCGCUGAAAGACGCAUUGCCGGUGCCAGGUCAAUUCGAGGACGCCGUGGAGAACGGCAAAGGGAUAGAAAAAGGGCAGGGUGACGCGGCGCUCGUUGCCCCGGUCGCCGCUGAGAAUUAGGUAUUUAUACAUCACUUUUUAUCGACUUUUAGACACUCCCGGAUGUGACACAAGACUGCAAUCAAAAUCUUAUUAUACGUGUAACGGGUGAUUGUGCGUCACGCGACAUCUGAAAGCUCCGAUACGUAUCGACGAUUGGAUCGGUUUUACGACCGAGGGGGAAAAAAAAAGAUAAAAAGGAAGAGUUCUUUUCGGCCUUUUUUUUUUCUUGGAUGCAUCGAAGAUCUAAAUGUUCGUUUGUUGGAUCGUGUUGGAACGUUUCGCACAAGGGAAAGACCGUUCAAAUGUCGCGCGCAAGAUCACUUAAUAAUGUCUAAAGCUCUGAUGGGGCCAAACUAAUUAAACUAAUGUAGGAGAUAUCGGCAUUAACGAUGCCAAGAUACGUAACACAUUACACCGGAUAAACCCGUUUCCGACGUACACAAUACGAUGUCCUCACUGCCAAACGUACCAUUCAGUGUGUAAGAUAAAAAAAAAAAAAAAAUGAAACAAACAAACGGAAAGAAAAGGAGAGAAUUUAAAAAGAAAAAAAACAGCAAAAGUAAAAAAAAUAAUAGGAGUAAAAACAGAAUCGUGCUUGUGCUAAACGAGCGUGUCACACCAGCUCCGCUCGGAAUCACCAAUGGGAUGGAACUCGACUGAUUAGUGUAUGCGUGCGCUAAUUUUACUAAACGAGAACAAGUUGUCGUCAGCUGCUAAUAAGUAUUUAAUUCUUAAGAAGUGUGAUUAUUUUUUUUACAAUGAAAAUAUAUAUUUUCCGGUAUUAUAUGAAAUGCUCGCAUUGACGGUCUCAGUGCUCUGAUCUCCUGCUAGAAUUGUAGAAAGAUUAACGGAACGAAUGUUACGGACGGACCGACGACGCGACCGAUCACUGUAUUACGCAUAGUUUAAUGGUUUUUUUUUUGUAGAUAAGAACACGCGAGACAGGAUACUGAGAUAUUCAUUAGCAAAUGGAGACUGAUGCUUUUCAUAUAGGUAAAAUAUAUAUUUAUAUAUGAUUUAGAUUAGAGAUUCCCGAUAUAUAGCAUAUUAUAUAUGUGUAAACUGUAAGCGUGCGAGUGUGUAUGAACGUGUGCGUGUGUGUAAGCGUGUAAGCGUGUGUGAUUUGGAUUCAUAUGUGGGAGAACGUCGUAAACGAGUAAGUGAGAAUCGAUUGUUUGUCUGUGGAUCGCUGUACGGUGAGAAAGAAAAUGGCGGACGUAUGAACGAUAGAGAGAAACUUAAGGAAACAUACAAAUGUAUAUAUAUAAAUGUGGAAUGUUAAAUACGAUGUCGGUGCCGCGUGCACAUCUAAAGAGAUGAAAGGGAAUGUUUUGCGCGGCCGUGCACGCAGCUCCAACCUCCGAAUAUAUUUAUUUGCUGUUGCGUCGAAAAGAAGAAUGUGUGCAUGCGACUUCGGGACGAAUUAUAAAUUUACGUACGAUAAUUGUAACCGUGGAUCGUCGGGGCUUGUGAGAGUGAUCCGACCAUUGAAAAAGGGGCAAGGUUCUCUGAAAGAGUGGCCCUCGCGAUAUGCUCACUAUCGCUUUAAAAAUAUGCUACAUUUUCGUCGCAAAGUUUUCGUUAUAUCA